CCUUCCUCGUCCCUUCCUCCAGCCCCCAGCCCAAACCCGCAAAACCCAGCGGCCAGCUCCAUGGCACCGCCCGCCAUGGCGUUCCAGGCGCUCGCCUUCUCGCCCCUCCCCCUCCACCUCCCCGCCACGCGGCGCCGGGCCCGCGUGCUCGCCGUGGCCGCCGACCAGACCCCUCCGCCCCCGCAGGCCUCCCCGUCCGAGCCGGCGAACAGCCCGAGCCGGCUCCUCCGGGAGCUCGCGCAGCGGAAGAAGGCCGUCUCGCCCAAGAAGAAGCACCCGCCGCGGCGGUUCAUCCUCAAGCCGCCGCUCGACGACGAGCGCCUCACCCAGCGCUUCCUCAACAGCCCGCAGCUGUCGCUCAAGUCGCUGCCGCUCCUCUCCUCCUGCCUCCCCUCCUCGCCGCUCUCCGCCGCCGACCGCACCUGGAUGGACGAGUACCUCCUCGAGGCCAAGCAGGCGCUCGGCUACCCGCUCGCCCCCUCCGAGACGCUCGGCGAGGGCGACGACUGCCCCGCGCGCCACUUCGACGUCCUCCUCUACCUCGCCUUCCAGCACCUGGACCCCUCCUCCGAGCGCACGCGGACGCGCCACGUGCGGAACGGCCACUCCAGACUGUGGUUCCUGGGCCAGUUCGUGCUGGAGCUCGCCUUCUGCGAGUUCUUCCUGCAGAGGUACCCCAGGGAAUCCCCUGGGCCGAUGCGGGAGCGGGUGUUCGCGCUCAUCGGGAAGAAGGUGCUGCCCAAAUGGAUCAAGGCGGCGAGCCUGCAUAAUUUGGUGUUUCCUUACGACGAUUUGGAUAAGAUGAUACGGAAGGACAGGGAACCGCCCACCAAGGCUGUGUUCUGGGCAUUAUUUGGAGCUAUAUAUCUGUGCUUUGGAAUGCCUGAAGUCUAUCGUGUUCUCUUUGAGGCGUUCGGGAUGGACCCUGAAGAAGAGAGCUGUCAGCCAAAACUGCGGCGUCAACUAGAAGACGUUGAUUAUGUUUCAGUGGAGUUUGAAAAGAGACAGCUCGCAUGGCAAGAUGUUGCUGCCUACCGGCCACCAGCGGAUGCUCUUUUUGCUCAUCCUAGGCUUUUCCGGGCAUGUGUGCCACCAGGCAUGCAUCGUUUCAGAGGAAACAUUUGGGAUUUUGAUAAUAGACCCAAAGUCAUGAACAUCCUAGGAUAUCCCUUGCCGGCGAAUGAUAAAAUUCCAGAAAUUACAGAAGCAAGGAAUAUAGAACUUGGACUUGGCCUCCAGCUGUGCUUCAUGCAUCCCUCAAAGUACAAGUUUGAGCAUCCAAGAUUUUGUUUUGAGCGUCUGGAAUAUGUUGGUCAGAAGAUUCAGGAUCUAGUAUUGGCAGAGAGGCUGAUCAUGAAGCAUCUCGACGCACCUGGCAGGUGGUUGUCAGAGAAGCAUAGGAGGCUGUUGAUGAACAAGUAUUGCGGGCGGUACCUGCGGGACAAGCACCUUCACCACUACAUUAUAUACGGGGAGACUGUACAGGACAGAUUCGAACACAACCGCCGGCUGAGAAAUCCUUCCACGACCGCCGUCCAGCAAGCGAUACAUGGGCUCUCGUACUGCGUGUACGGCAAACCUGAUGUGCGGCGCUUGAUGUUCGAGGUGUUCGACUUCGAACAGGUCCAGCCAAAAGCUGUAUGAGGAGGAUAUGCUCCGUGUCGGUUUGUGCUGAACUGAUGACCGGCAAGAUUGCCAGCGCUUGAAGGAAAAAUGCAGGGUAAUCGAAAUCCUAGCGCGGACCAGAUCGCGCAGUUCCGAAGCCUGAGCCCAAAGCUGGACCGUGGAUUAAAGCAAGCACUGCCCGUCCAGCCACUUCUGGACCCCCCACAGCUCUUGUAACCUCUUGUCUUGCGUACUAAAUAGGCAGCUGUAUUAGAGAUGAUUAAAAUUGAACGCCGUAGUUUUUCGAAGUUACAGUUUUGAGAGUUGGCUGUAAAUUCCAAUUUGAGCAGAGGACAAACAGCUGCAGCAGCAGCAGGAGGAAGAUAUAGUUAUCCAUGAGAAACAUGCUUUGUAGUGUUGUAGCCGAAAAUGUGAGUGCAACUUGUACUGCUAACGUGCAAUGUCAUUUGUCAUA